GCUUGAAUAGGCAGUCUUUCCUUUUCCCCAUCGCCUUUCGCCAAGGGUAGGGGGUGUGCAUAGGCAGAGAGACCCUAUGCUUAAAACUUUCUUUCGUGCAAAAGUCAUACUUCCACUUUUAUUUUAACAACCUUUUAAAUACCACAAGCAACGCAACUUGAUUCACGAUGAUUGACACAGUAACCGGACCCGGAGCGCUGCCUUUCGCAGCUCAGUUAAAGACUUUAACAGAUCUGGAGAGUCGAUACCAGCCCAAACUGAGUGGCUUGCGGCUCAUAGAAAGCGCCCAGGACAAUGGGCUGAGGAUGACCACCAGGCUCCGAGAGCUGGAGGUGAAAGACCUCCUUUCACUGACCAGGUUCUUUGGGUUCAGCUCAGAGACCUUCUCUCUGGCCAUCAGCCUUCUGGAUCGAUUUCUGUCUGUGAUGAAGAUUCAGCCGAAGCACCUGUCCUGUGUGGGCCUGUGCUGCUUCUACAUCGCUGUGAAGUACUCAGAGGAGGAGAAGAACGUGCCUCUGGCCAACGACCUGAUCCGCAUCAGUCAGAAUCGCUUCACCGUAUCUGACAUGAUGCGGAUGGAGAAGAUCAUCAUGGAGAAGCUCUACUGGAAGGUGAAGGCGCCCACAGCCCUGCGGUUCCUUCGCCUCUUUCACGGCCACGUCCAGGAGCAGCUGGAUGCUGAGAGCAAGCAGAUCCUGAGCCUGGAACGACUGGAGGCUCAGCUAAAAGCCUGUCACUGCUCAUUCUUCUUCUCCAAGAUAAAGCCAUCUCUUCUGGCCAUGGCCAUUCUGUGCCUAGAGGCUCAGGAUCAACACGAGCCGGAGCACAGCGACAAAAUAUCCGAGGCACUGAGAAGUAUUCAGCAGCAUCUGAAUAUCAAAGAUGGCGACCUGGCAUGUGUGCGUGAACUGGUGGGAAAAUGUCUGGCCGAGUACGCCACCACCAAGAGCUCUCGACCCACAACCCAGAGACUCCGCUGGACCAUCUCAGGCCGAACAGCCCGCCAGCUGAAGCCCAGCUUCUACAAGAUCGCUCAUCUGCCCACCAUCCCCGAGUCAGCCUGUUAAAUUUGUCUGUCCUAAAUUCCCCUUUACUUCCAAUUCACCCCGACCCCCCAAAAUUGUUUUCUUUAGAGAUCUCCAUCAGUGUUGAUGGGGUUCUCUAAAGAGACGUUUUUCGCUUCCCCACGUAUUAGCCGUGAGCUUUCAAGUGUUUCCUGGAUGAGUUGCUUGCCGAAGUGCACAGUAUGUUCUUGUUUUAAUCCGGUCCAGGGUGUUUGUUAUUCCCUGGACGGGUUGCUAGUUUUAAGCCAAGUAUGGAACCACCUAGGUCCUCAGUCCACCAUGUGGAAGAGGAGGGAGAAGGAUUUUGAGAAUAACAAAUGAAACAAGAAAUCGAGCCCAAAGUCCUUCACUCCCACCCUAGGUUGCUGAACUGUCCUGAAUGCACACUCCUACCCAAGGUGAUGAUUUUAGUUUUGUUUUUGAGAUGGUGAGGGAAAUCUGGUUUACGCCAGUUCAAGUACAAAGAGUCACAAUCGGCUCAGCUCCAGGUGGAACGUCCGCCUGGUUUCAGAUGUUCUGAUUGUUCAUUUGAUGACAGAGUGAAGCGCCACGUGUUUUAUUUGAUGCUUAACUUUUCAAGUGCUGUAACGGUGACGUAGAAAUUUUGGUUUGGAAUUUGUGAAACAUUUUUUCUGCCACUUUUUCUGACUAGACAGGUUUAUUUAGCUGCAAUGGAAAAUUUAAGAUGAUCAUUAAACACAACAUCUGGCUGACCGAUGUACUUGUACCUUUCAAUAAAAGAUUAUUGAAAAGCAA